CUGAAAGGGGAAGAGGUUUGGGGAAACCCACUGUGUGUUAGGCAUCAUUGCAAUCUAGACUGUAUAGACAUGGGAAGAGCCUCCAGUAGUCUGAUUGUAUUGUUUUUUUUUUUCUAGAAGUUUACUUGUAUUUCUGUAUAUACAUGUGUAUUCCUGUACUUGUGUGCUCAGGUACUUGAGGAGCUGGAGCCGUGCUGCUUUCAGUCUCCUGAUGUCCCCAGGAAGAGCACUUUUAACUGAGGAGCCAUCUCUCUCUCUCUCUCUCUCUCUCUUUUUUUUUGUUUUUUCGAGACAGGGUUUCUCUGUGUAGCCCUGGCUGUCCUGGAACUCACUCUGUAGAACGAGGCUGGCUUCGAACUCAGAAUUCCGCCUGCCUCUGCCUCCCAAGUGCUGGGAUUAAAGGCGUGUGCCACCACGGCCGGCUUGCAUGGAGUCUUAAAAAAUCAGAGUGAGACUCACUGGGAAUGGGCCUCCCGGUUUUUCAUGAUAACGGUAACCUUAAUAUUUAAAAAAAACCCAAAAUGUUCAAAGUGUUGAUUGGAUCACAAUUUCAAAUACUUAUGUCCUGUGAAUUAUUUUCUAGUGCUCCAGACCAGACACACCUUGCAGGGAACUGUUGAGCCACUAUUUAGUGGCCAAAUGUACUGUGGCACUUGCCUUUAAUGCCAGCACUCAAAGAGCAGAGGAAGGUGGAUCUCUGUGAGUUCAAGGCCAGCUAGGACUACAAGGAUUCUGUGUAGUCCUGGAACUUGUAGACCCUGUCUCAAACAAACAAAAAAAGAGAAAAAGAAAAAAAAAAAAAAAGAAAUUAAAGGAGAGAAUGGAGCUAAUGUUGAAGAAAUCCUAGAGUCAAGUGUGGUGGCAUGCCUUUGAUCCCAGCACUGGGAAAGUAGAGGCAGGCAGUUCUCUGAGUUACAGGAAAGCCAGAGAAACCCUGAGGUGAAAAAAAAAUUCUCUCAAGAGAAGGUUUAUGUCCAGCUUCUUAGUAUGCAUGGUCCCAGUCUUCGCUAAUCCCCUUCCCUGAGGUCAUAGGAAACAAUCUGUAGUCUUUCCAUGCUCUUCUAGUCUUUGAUAUUUCACUUAUCUGGCUUCACUGGCAUAGAAUGACAUUGUCUGAUUGCUUUUUGAACAUAAAAUGCCCACGUCCACAUUACAUUUUGUCCCCAUAUUCCUAGGACCAGGGAAAGUGGCAGUUGUUAAAUUCUGCCUACCAAACAGGAAUCUGUUCCGUAAAAUAUUGAUACAAAGGCAGAAUUUGCUUGCACGUCCCAGGUCAAACUCCCGAUGAAUUGCACUCCAAGAUACCAACAGACUCUGCCUGAUCUCUUGGGACAGGCCAGGCAAGUUGAUGAGUCAACGGCAUGGGUUUCAGAUGUGGUUAGUCACUGUGUGCUGGCCAGUGUGCAAAUCACAGCACUCUGGUAACAUUAAAAACAGAGCAGUAAUGUAUGUCAGGGAGUCAAAUAUGUAGUAGUUGUAUCCGAGUUCCUUUUCUUUUUUCGUCAUUUCUACCACCCUAAGAAGUCAUCUAAAGUACUUUUGAGUUGGUAGAGGCUGACUCUUUGGGGCAUUUUAGCCAAACCACCUAAUAGUUUAAUUUUGUACAGACAAACGGCUGGAAACACCUACAGGCGUCCCUAAUUCUGUAAAGUAGACAGAGGGAGAACAAAGCUUUCCUAGCCUUUGGACUUAUACACAACUUCACGAGGUCUGUCCUUUGCAAGAGGCGCGAACUUCCUCCUCAUCCGACCUAAGCUCACGAAUCAAAAGAUGACUCCGCAUUUAAAAACUGUCCCAAGCCCCAGCGCGCGGGAGCCGGAAGCCGCGCCACGUGACCCGCCGUCCCUCCGCAGCCAUCCUCCGGGGAAGCCUAUCGCUUCGGCGGCUACUCCCACUCCUCCGCUCCACCGGAGCGGCUGCGCGUCCACCCGACGCAGCGCUAGGUACCCUUGAUCGCUGGCUUCCCUCAAUACCCCAGCCUCCUCCGGAGGACGCCUCCCGGUCCAACCGGUCGCCACCACCACCGCCACGGACCGCUUCCGCCAGGGUGCGGACCACGUGAUCGCGCGAGCCAUAGGGGGGUGGGGAAAAGGCCGCGGCGCGCGCCUUCUUUACUCCAGGCCCGCGGCCCCGCCCACCCGGCCACCCAGCCGGGGCGGGGGGGAGGGGGGGGAAAAGAAACCUGGCGACGCCCCGGGCGCGCGUGCGCACGCGGUUCUCGCGGUGUCUCGCGCUCGGCCCCGCCCCCCGCUGCCCCCGCCCUUUCCGCCCCUCCCUCCCUCCGCCCUGUCUCUCGGCGGCGGCGGCGGCGGCGGCUCGCGCAGCUCGUUGGCUCGCUAUAUAAAGGGGAGAAGCAGGCGGACCGGACGGCUGGAGCUGCAGCCGGUGGCGGCAGCGGUGGCGCGGGGAGCGGUGACCGGUGUUGGUUUCCCUCCUCGGCGCCGAGUGGGGAGCGGGUGACGCCCCCUAACCCCCUAAGGGGUCGUGGCUAAUUUUUUCCCCCAUUUUUUCUUUUUUCUUUAGGCGAUUCUCGAGGUUUUUAGCUGCGGGAGGAGUGCCCCCCUCCUCCUGCUCUCCCGCCUCUUACUCCUUCUGGAUCGGUUUUGUUGAGAGAUUUUUUUUUUUUUGCCCCACUCUUGGCGGGUGACUUGGGUCACCCUCCGGGUCUCAGUUGUUUUUUUUUUUUUUUCUUUUUUUUUUUUUUUUUAAAUUUUUUUUUCCUUUCUUUCUAUCUCGUUCCCUCUUGUUUGUGUUGUGUGUGGAAAUGGCGAACUCGGCAAACACAAACACCGUGCCUAAAUUGUAUAGAUCUGUGAUUGAAGAUGUUAUUAAUGACGUACGAGACAUUUUUCUGGAUGACGGAGUGGAUGAACAAGUCCUGAUGGAACUAAAAACUUUGCAUCAUGUGUGGUUGGGGAAGUGACUCAUCAAGUAAAUGAAGAAGGUCUGAGUUGACAUCUCCUUCACCACAUAGAAGUUGUGGGAGAAUAAACUAAUGCAGUCUAGGGCAGUAGAUGGAUUUCAUUCAGAAGAACAGCAGCUUUUGUUGCAAGUUCAGCAGCAGCAUCAACCCCAGCAGCAGCAGCAUCACCACCACCACCACCAGCACCAGCAAGCGCAACCUCAGCAAACGGUACCUCAGCAAGCACAGACCCAGCAGGUCCUCAUUCCUGCAUCCCAGCAAGCUACAGCACCACAAGUUAUUGUUCCUGAUUCUAAGUUGCUACAACAUAUGAAUGCAUCAAGUAUUACGAGUGCUGCUGCUACAGCUGCUACCUUGGCACUGCCUGCAGGAGUGACUCCGGUUCAACAGCUACUAACAAAUUCAGGCCAGCUGCUUCAGGUGGUCAGAGCAGCCAAUGGUGCCCAGUAUAUCUUGCAGCCUCAGCAGUCAGUUGUUCUACAACAACAAGUUAUACCACAAAUGCAGCCUGGUGGAGUCCAAGCUCCUGUUAUCCAGCAGGUCUUAGCCCCACUUCCUGGAGGGAUUUCACCACAGACAGGCGUCAUCAUCCAGCCACAGCAAAUCUUAUUUACAGGAAAUAAGACUCAGGUCAUUCCUACAACAGUGGCAGCACCCGCCCCGGCACAAGCGCCGAUGCCUGCAGCCGGACAGCAGCAGCCACAGGCCCAGCCUGCCCAACAGCAAGCUCCGUUGGUGCUGCAAGUUGAUGGAACAGGGGAUACAUCUUCUGAGGAAGAUGAAGAUGAAGAAGAAGACUAUGAUGAUGAUGAGGAAGAAGAUAAAGAGAAAGAUGGAGCUGAAGAUGGGCAGGUGGAAGAAGAGCCGCUCAACAGCGAGGAUGACGUCAGUGACGAGGAAGGGCAGGAACUCUUUGACACUGAGAAUGUUGUCGUCUGCCAGUAUGAUAAGAUACACAGAAGUAAAAAUAAAUGGAAAUUUCAUCUCAAGGAUGGCAUUAUGAAUCUUAACGGAAGAGAUUAUAUAUUUUCCAAAGCCAUUGGAGAUGCAGAGUGGUGAAGAGUUGCUCCUUUCCUCUUAUAAAUGAGACAAAGACUUAAAAAGUUAAAAUGGACGGUUUGAAACUUGGGACAUCUAUCAGCCAAAACUUCACUUCUGCAUGUCAGAAAGGCGCAGUAGAAGCAAAGCUCCUGGAGCAGAGCUAGGCCUUGACCACAUAGACACUACUUCAGACCGGCAAGCCGUGGAACUGUAGCACCUGGGGUUGCUGGGCGGGGGGAGGGGUUGGUGUAGGAAAACUGUAACUGUCGAUUUUAAAUACAGGAACCUGCCAUUGGUAAUUAGCAUGUAAAGCUUUGUCUAUAUUUGUUUCUCCAAGUUGGGCUCAAUCAGAAGAUAUUUGUUGGAAUGACCCGAAGAAUUACCCUUUUGAUAGACUGAACUGAAAUUGCUUAUUGUAUGUGGUUAUAUUUGGUAAAAAUUGCGUGUGAGCUUUUUUCAGAAGGGCAAGAAUUAUGGUGUUGAAUUUUAAUUCACUUGUAUAAGAAAAUUUAAAACUCAUAAUAGGUCUUAAACACAUUUUUACUUGUCACUCUCCUCAGUACUCAUACCUCUCGCUUCCCUGCUGUCUGAACAUCUACGUAAGAUUUAAAGAAAAGGAUCGAUGGGCACAGCUUGGAGACGAAGUUGACCCAGGAAUGGAUGCUUGGUUUAAUUAGGUUUUCCUGCUUGUUAAAUGCAACUUAAAGACUUGGGUCUUACCUAGGUUGACUAGAAUUAAAGUGACAGCUUAAUUUCUGUACAGAAAAACUGCUCAGUCCCACUCUAUAAGAGGAAACCCCAAAUGGGCUCUCAGGAAUCUGUUUUCAUCUCACAAAGGUCCCAUGGAGCUGCAGUUGUACAGCACACGUGAGAUGUGGAGGUUUUCCUUCUGGGCUGCGUGUGUGCUUACUGUGCCCGAGUCUGUGUGAGCCCUGGGAUGACAGUCUGUGCGUUGGUCUAAGCAUAAGGGCAACGGAUGAGGACUGGAUUUUUAUUAAACAAUUUAGUAAUUAUAAAGUUUCUUGUGUUUACUAGUAAAGGAUUUUUAAAAUUAUUUUAAUUAAACAAAAUUUUUAAAAAAAACUUUGUAAUUUGAGGGAAAAGUUUGAGGGUGGAGGGGGUAGAGGAAAGUGGGCCACUAAAUACAAAUUUACCUCUUUUUCAUUGGGUGGCCCUUCCAGGCCAUUGGUGAUGUAGACUUGGGCUCCAAUUUGCACAUUGGAAAGAAAAUACAGAGAUUUGACUUGUAUAUCAGAAAUUCUAGACAUUUACUGUGUGUUGAGAAUGUGUAGCUCUGUUCCUGUAAGGGGCUCCACAGAACAAAGAGGCAGCCUCCUGGGACCUGCAGGGACUCUCGCUCACACAGCUCACUUCUGUUCUAGUGACUAACAACAUUUGCAUUCGUUACAUUCAUUCGAUAACUUGCCUGUUGACUUUUUUUUUUUUUUGUCUUCCAUUUUUGUCUUCCUUUAUUUUGACUUUAUAUAGUUCUGGAAGUAACAGAUAAAGUAUAUCACAAAAGAAAAACUGUGAGCUAUAUUGUGCUUUUUUAAGAACAUAUUUUAAAUUUUGUUAAUGCAGUUGAUUUCUCCUCCCCACUUCGCACCCUUCUGAACCAAUUUAUGUUGUGAAAUUUGGCAUCAGUGGUGGGGUCCUCACAUGAUAGGAGUUAGAGUUUGCUUGUAUUCCAUUACUGGUAAUACAGGUUUUUUUUUUUUUUUUAAUUUUGUUUGUUUUCUUAAUGUAGCUUUUUGAGGGGAAGUUAGUUUAAUCUCUUAUUCUCAAAGCACACAGCAGUUCUGGUUUAAGUAUAGAACUUGGCGAACAACAGAAUCCCAGGAGUUGCUGAGUUGUCCCUCCCUCAGUAUAGUCUCUAGUCUGUGUUUACUCAGUGAGAUCAGUAACCUGAACUACCUAUGGCAGCCCAGCAGUGCUGCUCCAGUGAAACUUGGGCUAAUCAGUAGUUCUUAUGCUAAUUCAGCACAGGCCCUGCCUCCCUGUGUAGUCAGACAUACUGAAGGUUAGCAUUGCCCACUGGCCUGUUUCUUCUAGCUGUACAUUGUCAAACAUGAACAACCACUUCUUUCAGAGUGACACAAAGGGGGCUUGUCUUGAAGCAGGAACUGACCAUUUAUAUUUGUACCUAUGUAUUGCCUAAUAAUGACAGCGUCCUGGACUAAUCCUUUGAUCUGGGAAAGCUCUGAAAGGUGGCUCCAGCAGCCCCGCACUGUGCUCUUACGUGCUGUUCUGUUGUGUUCCAUUUAAAUCAAGUAGCAUGCGGUGUUCUAUCGUAGUAUCGUAGCUUUUGCUGUGUAAAUGUCACUUGCUUUGCAUUCUCAAUCAUGCUUUCGCCAUAACAUUUAACUGAUGAUGUCAUGAAGUUCUAAUAAAGUGUCAUUCCUUUGGAAAGCAAGGGAUUCCCACUUGGAGAGUUUUAGGAUGAAAGUAGCAAGUUUAUCCAAAAGGUGGAACCAGGGACGCAAGCAGUGUCUUCAGAAACUGAUCCGUUUCGACGUGUACCCAGAGUGACGGCACCUUUUAUAGGACACGAUGCCAGUAGUGUGCCAAGGUCAGUUCACAUAGAUGACUAACAUGGAAGUGUGUGCCUUUCAGUAGAUGAGCUCUUGCCUGGUGGUCAUUUGUAUUCUCACACCACCGGAAUGCCCGCGAACACACGCACUUUCUUAGUGACACAACUUUGUCCCGUGCAGUUUCUAGAGUCAAACAGGAUAGGAGGGGAUAUUUAUAUGAGGCGUUUGUAUUUGAAAUGUUGAAAUUUCUGUUAAAUAAGUCUCACAUUUACACUGUUGCAGUUUUAAAAGUCAGGCUGGCAUCAAAAUUCACGAAGCGUGUACCGAGAUUGAAAUGUGUUAUUGACAAGCAUAUUCUGGCUUUAGAAGACAAUGUAAAAAAGUACUAGUUUUUAUAUAAAGGCUUUCUUUUGCUCUAUUGAAAAUCAAGUUUUUCUUUUGGUGGCUUGUAUGGACGAAUGCAGAGUUGUCUCCCUCUGAGAGUUUUUUUUUUUUAUAUUAUAGCAAUAAUGUCACCAUAUUAGAGGAUAAGUAUACCGUGUAUAAGAACAGACCUAUCUCCUCUUAGCAGUUUUCCCUUUAUAACAGCAUUUUCUUCCACUUGAGAAGGCUCUUGUAUUUUCAUAUUACAUCAUAUGAGAAUAUGAAGCUUUUGAGCUUUUGUGCAAUGUGUUAUUUUGUUGAUCUGUGUACAUUUUCAUUUCAUGUCUCCUUCCUACCUGUCUGAAUCAGCUGUAUCAGAUGUGGAGGUUUUGGUUAAUGGUUUGUGUGUUUUCUCAUCCUUAUUGUUCAGUUUAGCUUUUCAUCUGUUACCCUUAUGGAAAUUAUUCUGGUUUAUAUUCUUCCUCCUGGAAGCCCACCUUUGCCCUUCUGUUAUCUUCCUUUGGUGCAUGAUUUAAGGAAGACUGCAUCAAAUUUAAUAUUUUUAGUUUUGAAGAAUAAAAGUUUCCUCCCGUUUGCGGGGAGAACAAACCACCAUUGAAUAAACCAUUGGUCUUUCAGUCAAGCUUCUUUAGAUCAGUUCAGUGUGCAUCGGUUACACCGGGUGGGAGGGGCCGGCCAUAGCUGUUCGGAGCUACUAUUGUCGACUGCUGUUGUACAGACUGUUCUGUGUAAGGGCGUGAAUAUAUUUAUUAUGUUUGUAAAAUUCACUCUGUACACUUGCAGACCAAGGUUGCUCUUCUGUGAUAUAUCGGGUGUUAAGUUUUAAAGACCAUCUUGGAAUACAAUUAAAGAGCUUAGUAUUUUGAUGUACUAAGACUAUUUUAAGUUUUAAUAUUUUACCUUGCAAAAACUUUAAUUAAAGAUGUUAUUUAAAAAAAAAGUAAUGUUGCUUGCUUUGCUUACUAGUCAGCGACAUUGGUAUAUGGACAACUGAGUAAAACCAUACAGUUUAGACAGGAAGUUCAACAAAAAUAGGAUAUCGUUAAAUUUUGUACCCUUAGUUAAAUUCUGUACCUAUAAGGCAGUGGGUUUGGGGUGCCAGACUGAAUUGUUAAAACUGUGUUAGAAAUCCUUAAGCGCUUUCAAAAGUUGUAUUCCAGGCACAGAAGCAUUUAGGAUGGGUAAAUUCACACCAACUAAAUGUAAAUUAAGGUUAAUAUAAUUAACAUUGUAUUAAAUGAGUAUUUCUACUCAAAAAGCUUAGAUUACAUAGGAUGAAGUUAUUAAGAACAUUGUUUCAUUUGUUUGGCUAAACUGUUUUUUCUCAGUUCAGAGUUUGUAAAUAAUUGCUUAUUAGGAGAUUUGGAUUAUUGAGGUUUGUAUUACAUAUUGAAUAUAUUUUGUGUUACUUUAGAAGAUAUUAAAAUUACUAGCAGUAUUUUGAUUUUAUAGUUAAUUCAAAUGAAUCAUUAAGAGCUUGCCUUUUUGUAAUUUUUUAUCCUGUUAUAAACUACUUUAUCUAAGGAAACAUGCAGAUUUUAACUAUUAAAUAAUCAUAAUAAAGAUAUUUUAUUUAUUGCCAGCA